CUGAGCAGACACUCUUCAUUUAGUGGAGUCAUGGAGAAAGAGCCAACACAAGCCUCCUGGAAAGACCCGACACCACCCGAUGAGUUUUCUGAGUCACACAUGGAGGACGCGUCGGCUCUGAACGGAGAGAAAGAUGGAGUCUGUGGUAGCAGAGAUCAAUCGGUGAAAUGCAGCCCAAACCUGCUGCAGAUGCUGAAGGCAGCGGAGAGCAGGAGGUUAGCUCAGGGUCGGGACAGAGACGAGGCCGAGAUGUCUGAUUUUGGGUCAGCAGAGCUGGUGACCGAGGCUCUGAAGACAGACAUGCAAAUCCAGUUCACCGACCAGAAGCAAGAAUUCAACAAACGUCCCACCAAGACUGCCCUCCGCUCCCUGUCUCGCUCCAUCUCUCAGUCGUCCACAGACAGCUUCAGCUCAGCAUGCAGUGACAGCUCCGAGGAGGAGGCUUCUCCCAGAGAGAAGAGUCAGAGCAGCUCGAGUGGCCUUUCUGACUUCUGCAUCAAAAACAUCAAACAGGCUGCCUUUGGACGCAGAGAGAUAGAGAUCGCACAGCAAGAAAUGCCGGCUCUGAUGGUCCUAAGAAAACGAGCAGGUGGGGAGAAACCUCUGGCUGGAGCUAAAGUGGUGGGCUGCACACACAUCACUGCACAGACGGCGGUGUUGAUUGAGACCCUGUCUCUGUUGGGAGCUCAGUGUCGCUGGGCCGCUUGUAACAUCUUCUCCACUCAGAACGCCGUGGCUGCUGCUCUGGCUGAACGAGGCACCUCAGUGUUUGCAUGGAGAGGAGAAUCAGAGGAUGACUUCUGGUGGUGUAUCGACCAAUGUGUGGCUGCAGAGACAUGGCAACCCAACAUGAUUCUGGAUGAUGGAGGCGACCUGACCCACUGGAUCUAUAAGAAGUACCCAAGUCUGUUCAGGAAGAUCAGAGGCAUCGUGGAGGAGAGCGUUACAGGCAUCUUUCGGUUGUACCAGCUGUCAAAGGCAGGUAGGCUCUGCGUCCCGGCCAUGAACGUGAACGACUCGGUGACCAAGCAGAAGUUUGACAACCUUUACUGCUGCAAGGAGUCCAUUCUGGACGGGCUGAAGCGAACAACUGACGUCAUGUUUGGAGGAAAACAGGUGGUGGUGUGCGGCUAUGGGGAGGUUGGCAAAGGUUGCUGCGCUGCCCUGAAAGCGCUCGGUACAGUCGUACACGUCACAGAAGUGGAUCCCAUUUGUGCCCUUCAGGCCUGCAUGGAUGGCUUCAGAGUGGUUAAACUGAGUGAAGUGUUACGGCAGGCAGACAUGGUCAUCACCUGCACAGGCAAUAAAAACGUGGUGAUUCGGGAACAUCUGGACAGGAUGAAAAAUGGCUGCAUUGUGUGCAACAUGGGACACUCCAGCAUAGAGAUAGAUUUGGAAAGUCUACGGACUGCGGAGCUGAGGUGGCAGCGUGUGAGGCCUCAGGUGGACCAUGUGAUCUGGCCUGAUGGCAAGAGGAUUGUCCUGCUAGCUGAGGGUCGUUUGCUGAAUCUGAGCUGCUCCACGGUGCCGUCACUCGUCCUCUCCAUCACGGCUACGACUCAGGCUCUGGCUCUCAUAGAGCUCUACAGCGCUCCAGAGGGACGAUACAAGCAGGACGUGUACCUGCUGCCAAAGAAGAUGGAUGAAUUCGUGGCCAGCCUGCACCUGCCGACCUUUGAAGCCCACCUCACUGAGCUGACUGAAGAACAAGCCAAGUAUCUGGGCAUCAGCAAACAUGGACCCUUCAAACCAAACUACUACAGGUACUAACCUCGCAAACAAAAAGCUGAGAGACAAGAAGCUCUUCAGAAAUGUUGCUGUGGGUGAUUAACCCCUACACGGUUCUGCAAAUGGAGCUCUGGCGCCCUCUACAGUCCAAACAUGUCAAAGACUCAUUAUGACCGAGAGACUGAGUGAACAUGGACUGAUUCACUGAUUCUUUUCCUGUUCGUUUUUUGUGUCUUUCUUAUGUCACACUUAUGGAAGCCCAUUUCAUCGAAAUUGUAGGAUAAUAAAGUCAUAAUCGUGAGAUUAAAAAUCGAAAUUAUGAGUCAUUAUUAUGACUUUAUCUAAUAAUUUCGAGAUAAUGUUUUUUUGAUCAAAAAAAAAUCUCAACAAAGCCAAAUUUAAAAAAAAAAAUUUUUAACUGUUGGAAAUGGGUUUCCAUAAACACUAUUUCUGGUUAUUAAAGUUAAAUGUUCAAAGUAUGUAAUCACAGUGAAGUGUAGUAGCACAGUAUGUUAUUGAUAACAUUUAUUUAACUAGAAUUAUAUAAUCACAUUUUUAUAUAUAGUUUGAUGUCCUAAUAAUCAUAAUGAAAACUCUACCAUUAUUAACAUUAUCUUAACCUUUAAUGAAGAUCUUAACAUCCAUCAGCUGCCUAUGAAUCAUUGGAAGAACCUUUUCUUGUUUUUAUGUCUGAUCCAUUUUGACAAAAUGUUUUUAUGUUUGUAUAACUUAAAGCGAUUAAUUGAUCUUCUUAGGAAUGCAUUAAAUAUUGUAAUUAAAAAAGCAGAAGUUU